AUGGCCGAACUCCGACAUCAGCAUCAACAACAACAGCAGCACAAUCCGAGUAAUCACCACCAGCAGCACCAGUACGAGUUCCUGCCCCUUUGCGACGUUCUCUUCAACAUAAUAUCCCUGGCGUCCUACUUUUGCGACAUUGUCUUCGACUUUGCGAUGGCUUACGCGCUCGCCCACCACCCGGAGACACCCGGCCUUCUCUUUCCCCUCAGUCUCGUCCUCAUCGUUGCUUCGCUCGUCGUGUCCCAGAUCAUGAGCGUCAAGUGGUACCUGUGGGGCCCCAGGGGCAAACUGAGGCGCUGCUGCAUCAGCGAUGAGCAACACGAUGGGGAAAGGACGAGCAACUGGACGUUGGGGUACGUGCUCCUGGUGCACACGACGCAGAUGGGCGUGCUCUGGCGGUACUUCAAGCUCUUCAUCCCCGUGGAGUUGGCGCACGUGAAGCACGAGGUGCGCGAGCUCUGCAUACUCAGGCUGAUCCACGGCUUCUGCGAGGCCGGGCCGAUGUUACUCCUCCAGGUGUACCUACUGGCGGUGAGCCUCUAUCCCCAUGGCUUCGAGGCAGCCCCGGUCGAGUACGAGAGCGCGGAUGCGGCGACGAAGCUGGCCAAGUUGACCCUCGUCUCGGCCGGUCUGUCGCUCUGGAGCGUGUGCUGGGCGGUAGCCUCGUUCAGCAAGGGAGCAGCUCGGCUGAGGAACCUCGAGCGCCUCGUGCUCACCUGGCUCGGGGUGCUGGCCCAGCUGGCCUGGCGGCUCUGCACCGUGAGCGCAAGGGUCGGCGCCCUCAUUGCCUACGCCUCGGUCUACGGUGCCGAGUGGCUGCUCGUCGUUGUCGCCCUGCACUGGCUCUCCAUGCUCACGUGGCUGCUGCUCACGCCGGACGGUCUGUUUCGCGCAGACGAGAAUCUCCCCCUGCUCCGGAAGGUCUUUGUCGCCUCGAUGAUGGCCUUCGUCUACGUCUUUUCCUACGUCAAUCUCCACGAGACCAAUCACCGACAGAAGAUGCUCAUUUUUUACUCGGUCAUGUUUCUCGAGAACAGUUUACUCGUGGGAGUGUGGGCUGUGGGUGUCAAUCGGAACGAGCUGUAUCGCAACGUUCGGCCGGUAUCUCUGAUGCUUACGCUCCUAGGCCUAUUCUUCGGUGGCUUGUGUUUCAUGGGACUGUACUACAGGUAUUUCCACGUGAGAAGACUGAGAUACGAAGCCGGUGGCAGGAUGAACGGCACAAAUGCCAAUUCGCUGUCUUGCCAGAAUGCUUUUCAAGAAAAGCACAUCAAUGGCUUCGACGACAAGCAGAACAACGCGAUGGAUACGAGGAAGGUGAAAUUGAGCAAUGGAGGUAUACCGGGUGUGUUCAAUUGCCGAUUCGCGAAUCCAACGGUGACGAAUCCCAAUCGCAAGAAAAAGAAGCCUACGUCCUUCGUGCCACCCCCGACGCAGCCUCAAGCCAACAUCAUAGCCAUGACGUCCCUGAGUGAGAACAACAAAUGGGUCAACGGUGACGAAAACGCCCCGCAACUCAUACCCUUUUGGAAAAAACCCUUGCCGGUUCCCAGUGUUAACAACGACAACAACACGCGGAGGGAUAAAGUCGAUACUGACAUGACCGUAGGUGGCUCGUUAAACGUGAAUCUCAUCCACGAAAAACUUCGAGAAAAAAAGCAGCAGCAGCUUCGCGAGCUGCGAGCCAUUCAGGAGGAAAUCAAGGAAGGCAAAUUAGUACCGCCACCGUCCACGUCCUCGUUCGCCUCCUCGAAUCCAUCGGCGUCAAAUCAAAAACCUCCGCCCAACACAAAGCUGCACAGCACUUCGAACGCGACCGUGGCUCACCAGAAUUGCGGAGCUGGUGGCAGUAGUGUGCUGACUUCGUGGCCACCUGUAAAAAUGCACUGCCUCAUGCCACCCCCGCCGUCGUCUUCGUAUUACCCGACCGGGCAUCCGGCGACACCAGGAAACAUACUCCCGAACAAAUGCGCGGGCAAUCCGGAGAUUCUAUUGGCGCCGAGAUGUUUGCCCCAUCACUAUUCUCACUGGAAUCCCCCCGUGGUCGAGAACCACAGGCUUUGUAACAGUAAUCAAAAUGGUCUGGAAGAAACUUGCAGGGAGGAGGGUCCCGGUGACGAGGAGCUCAGUGAUUUCGAGGGAAGCCAGUUUUCGCUACCUCGGAGUUACACGUUACCACGUGAAUUCAGAUACCAGAACAAAAUCAACGAUCGGUCCAAAUUUACGGGCUCACGACACUACCUGCCUUCUACCAAUAGUUCCGAUGGAGAUGUGGACAGUCAAGAGGAAACGGACUCGGAACUGCAAGUUCGAGGUCGGCCGCCAGUUCAGGGGUGCGUCAAUCGGCGAAAGCUUUACGCGCAGCAUCACGAUCAGGACAAAAUUGAGCUGAACAAUUCGCGCAGCAGUCACAGUGUCCAGGCGCCGCUGUCUUACGGCGUUUUGCGAUCGAAUCAAUUGGUCCGCACGAAAACAAAGCCCGAAACCAGAUUGUGA